UUUAUCUAGUCCGUGUUGAAACAGUCAGGCGCGGUUGAAGGAUACCUAAAACUGUACUUUUGCCUUCCGCGUUGGCAAUUCUGUUGGUGCCGACUUUUCUCCACGUCAGUUUUGCAUUGUAGACAGAUAAUAUUCUAGCGUUGUUAUAAAACACUCAUGUAACAUCGACGAUAACUUUGUAGUUAUCUAAGAAACAGCCACCAGUCGCAUCGACAAUGUCAUUAACGUUACUGGAGACGGAUGACAGCUAUGACUUUGUUUUUAAAAUAGUUUUAGUGGGAGAUGUAGGUGUUGGCAAAACUUGUGUGGUUCAACGGUUCAAGUCUGGUAAUUUCAUGGAAAGACAAGGAAAUACCAUCGGAGUGGACUUUACCAUGAAGACAAUGGAUAUUCAAGGGAAGAGAGUGAAGCUGCAGAUCUGGGACACGGCAGGCCAGGAACGUUUCAGGACGAUCACCCAGAGUUAUUACCGCAGCACCAACGGAGCCGUCAUUGCCUAUGACAUCACUAAGAGAGCAACAUUCAUGGCUGUGCCCAAGUGGAUGGAGGACGUCAAGAAAUACGGAGGGUCAAACAUUGUACCCCUGCUCAUCGGGAAUAAGUCUGACCUGGUGGAUCAGCGUGAGGUGUCGUUAGAAGAUGCCCAGACCAUGGCCCACCAGCUGGAGUUCCUGACGGCCAUUGAGACAUCGGCCAAAGACGCCUCCAACGUCGAUGAGGCCUUUAACAAGAUGGCCGCCGAGCUCAUCCUGCGCCACGGGGGACCCAUGUUCAACGAGAAUGUGACGGAAAGCUUCAAACUCAACAGCAAAGACAUGGGCGGAGAAGGUUGGGGCUGUGGCUGCUGAUAGGAGGUGGAGAGGGGACUGUACAUGUUGAUAAUUCAAAGGUUUUUCACCAGCUGGGACUGUGGAUAGUGACCAACAGGUGGUUUGUUGACAUGUGUUGUGAAAAACAUAUAUUUGUUUUAUUCUGUUUCAGGGACCAGUUGAGAAACUUUUUGAUGUAGCAAUACCUGUU